UGAGCAGAAGGCCUUGUUGUCUAAUUCAACCUGUUUUGUUAAUUAAUCUUCUUUAAACCACUCUAAGUAAAUAAUUGAUCCUUAACCUCCCCUGUUUAACAAUCUUAAUUUUGGAUCGAAUACUAAGUCCUGUCUCAUUUAAGAUCUGGUCUGCUUUCGUAUUCUCUACGUGUGUUGUAUGUCUGAUCGUUGGGUGCUUUUCGUCUCUGUCGGGAUUCUGGGAUUCCUUUCAUUCUUUCUGGUUUGAGAAAAUUAAAUUAUUUGAAAAUAAAUAAUUCUACUUUGGGUUUCUCACAAUUAUUGGGUUUAUCUAUUUAUUUUAUUCGUAGCGUAUACAUUUUUUCUUCUUUUAAAUAAAACAAAAAGGGUGCUACUUUAUUAAUGUUGUACGAUACAACAAUAUUAUAAUGUCAAAAUAAACCACUUAUAGAAUGCCAAGUGUCAAGAUAUGACAAGAGAUCUUAUGUUUUAUAUAGUAAGAAGACUUUUGCCCUAAAAUUCCCAAACUAACCAUAAACAUAUGUUCUUUCCUUUUGUGGGCGCUUCUCUGCUUUCUUCUCUGUCUCUUUCUUUCUAUUUAUAUUUUCGAUCAUAAAACCCAAAUUGAUUUUCCUAGAUCUCUUGACCUGUUUUCUCUUAUUUGGAAAAAGGUUGUAAGAAAUGGGAAGGGGUAAGAUCGCGAUCAAGAGGAUUGAUAACUCGACGAGCCGUCAGGUGACGUUCUCCAAGCGAAGGAACGGACUCUUGAAGAAAGCCAAGGAGCUUGCGAUUCUCUGCGAUGCUGAGGUUGGUGUCAUCAUCUUCUCCAGCACCGGCAGGCUCUACGAGUUCUCCAGCUCCAGCAUGAAAUCGAUAAUAGAUAGAUACAGCGAGGCCAAAUGUGAAACUAGUUCGGAAAUCAACCCAGCUUCAGAAAUCAAGUUUUGGCAAAAGGAGGCCGCGAUUCUAAAGCGACAGCUACACAGCUUGCAAGAAAACCACCGGCAAAUGAUGGGGGAAGAGCUCUCUGGACUAAGUGUGGAAGAUUUACAGAAACUGGAGAAUCAGCUUGAACUGAGCCUUCAUGAUGUACGAAUGAAAAAGGAUCAAAUGUUACUAGAAGAAAUACAAGAGCUUAACCGCGAGGGGAAUCUCUUACACCAAGAGAACUUAGACCUCCACAAGAAAUUAAACCUAAUGCGACAACAGAAUAUGGAGUUACAUAAGAAGGUUUCAGAGGUUGAGGGUGUGAAAAGCUCAGAGAAAAUUUCUCUUCUCACAAAUGGUCUAGGCAUGAGAGAUAACUCGAGCGAACAUGUUCAUCUUCAGCUCAGCCAACCGCUGCAGCAUGAUGAGACGCACUCAAAAGCUAUCCAACUAAGCUAUUUCUCCUUCAUUUCAUAAUAUAUAAUUCAAUUUCAACUGUAGCAGCUUGCCACUGCAUGAGCAAAAAAAAAACAUGAGCAGAUUGUAAUGUUUUCGAUCAAAACACCAGCUUUGUAUUUUUGUUUUGUUUUACUUAUUUCUCUCAGCAAAGAACUCUGGUUUGACGUUUA